CAUAUCAUCACAAAAGUCCAAACCAAAUUCUCCUCUCUCUAACCAACAAAAUUGUACUUCUCAUUUUUCUUCUCCCUCCCAUUAAAGUACACCUCUUUAAUCAGAAAGUACAACCAUCUAAUGUACACCUACCCUCUGGAGCUCAAUUUCUUUAACCAAUAAAACUCUAUUCUUCUCCUUACCCGAAAAAAAAAAAUGUAAUUCUUUCUUCUCCCUCUAAUCAAAAGUACACCUCUUUAUGCAUAAUGUACACACCAUCUAAAGCACACCCACCCCUCCAAAGCUCAAUUUCUUCAACAAAAACAUGGCUUUCAAUUCAAUAAUCCAUUUGGGUCUUCUUCUUUAACCAAUAAAACCAUACUUCCCAAUUGUUUUUUCUCCCUCCCGUUAAAGUACACCUCUUUAAGAAGAAAGUACAACCAUCUAAGGCACACACAAAUUUCUUCAAACAACCAUGGCUUUCAUUUCAAGAUUCCAUUUGGGUCUUCUUCUUUAACCAAUAAAACCAUACUUUCCAAAAAAAAUAUCUUCAAACCACCCCCGCCCCCGCCACCCCCAAAAUUAAAGUACACUUCUUUAAAUAGAAAGUACAACCAUCUAAAGCACACACAAAUUUCUUCAAACAAACAUGGCUUUCAAUUCAAGAUUCAAUUUGGGUAUUCUUAUUUACUUCAUAUUAACCCCUUUUACCAUCUCUUUCAUCCUUAGCCCAUCACCACAACCAAAACCAAAACCAAAACCUACACUAUAUGAUAUCCUACCAGAUUAUGGUCUGCCACGUGGCAUAUUUCCAGACACUGUGGAAUCUUAUAAUAUUGAUAAAGAUGGAAACUUUGAGGUUUUUCUGAAGACCCCAUGUUAUGUAGAGUUUGAAUAUUUGGUUUAUUAUGCUGAAAAGAUUAGUGGGAAGUUAAGUAUUGGUUCAAUUACUGAGUUAAAAGGGAUUGAAGUGAAAAGAUUCUUUUUUUGGUUUAAUGUUAAUGAAAUAAGAGUUGAUUUGCCACCACCUUCUGAUAGUGUUUACUUUCAGAUUGGUUUUGUUAAUAAGAAGCUUGAUGUGCAUCAGUUUGAGACUAUUCAUUCUUGUAUGAAUAAUGGAAUUUGGUUGAGGUCUUGUGGUGGAUCAUUGAGACAAGCUCUACAGCUUCCAGCUCCUGUAAAUGAUAUGCAAAUGCUUGUUACUGAGUAGAUGGGAAAUGAAUAUGCAACUCAAGCUGAAAGUACCUGAAAUGGCAAAAUGUAUUAUUUACUUCAUUUGUUGUGAAGUGAUGGAAAAUCAAGGUUGGUCUUAUGUACAAGACGUAUGAUCAAGAUAAAAAAUUCCACAUAUGUAUCAUUUAUAAGAUCUUAGCAAGUUUAAUUUCUUCUAUCCAAAUUGUAAAGGACUAUACUGAAUCAUUUCCUCGAUGAUUGAUUACACUAGUUGAUGUA